AUGGCAGGUAAUCAACAGGAAGCCGGGUUAGGUGAUGAUUUCUUUGAGCAGAUCCUGCAAGUACCCCCUGGCUACGGUGGUGGCGGCGGCAGCGGUGGUGGUGCCAACUUGCCUAUGGGGUUGCAGCUAGGGUCAGGUGGUGGUGGUGCAACCGGUGCCAGUGGUGGAGAUGUUGGUGGUGGUGGUGGAGGGUUUAGAGGAAUGGGAAUGAUGCCUUUAGGGUUGAAUUUGGAACAUGGAUUCUUGAGACAUGAAGAUGGAGUUGUCGAUAACAGCAGCAACAACAAAAAUGCUUCUUGUUCAGCUGCUUCUGCUGUUGCUGGCAUCAGUGAGAGAGAUUCUAUGCAUAUGGGAAGCUUGUUUCCACAUUUUGGACAAAUGCAAGCUCAGCAAAUCCGCCCUUCGCCGCCGCCUCAGCCUCCACAGCAGCUCCACCAGCCAUUUCAUAGCCAGCCGACAUCGGGUCCAGUUGCUGCUGCACCGCAUCCGCCUGCCGUCCGUCCAAGGGUACGAGCUAGGCGAGGACAGGCAACCGAUCCCCACAGUAUCGCUGAGCGGUUACGUCGAGAAAGAAUCGCUGAAAGAAUGAAGGCUUUGCAAGAGCUGGUUCCUAGCUGCAACAAGACGGACAGGGCAGCUAUGCUUGAUGAAAUUGUAGAUUACGUGAAGUUUCUUAGACUUCAAGUUAAGGUUCUCAGCAUGAGCAGACUUGGGGCAGCAGGUGCCGUGACCCCGCUUGUAGCCGAUGUACCCCUAUUAUCCGUUGAGGGAGAUGGAGGCCAGCCUGCUUGGGAAAAAUGGUCAAACGAUGGCACCGAACAGCAAGUGGCUAAGCUGAUGGAAGAAGACAUCGGAGCUGCCAUGCAGUUUCUUCAGUCCAAGGCACUCUGCAUCGUGCCGAUUUCACUGACGUCUGCGAUCUUCCCCGCACAUCAAUCGGAUGCACCAACGAUCGUCAAGCCCGAAUCAAACACCCCUUCAUAAAAGAUAAAAGCAACAUCAUGAUGCAUGUAGAAGUCACUCCUAGCUCACUCGCGAUAUAAGCUGUUCCGUGCUUCGGUCCAAGCUCUAACUCCGACCACCGGCAACCUUUUUCGGAAGGUAUUUCGAUGGAUAUCCCACGAUGUAUGUCAAAUGGAAAACAAAGGUCGAUUGAUGUCUACUUCUUUGUAAUAUGAGUGGAGGAUGACCAAAAAAUAAUGGUGGUAGGAACUCGCUUUCUUUUCUUUUCCUUUUUCUUGGAUAAUGGGAAGUGGGUCCAUCGAAAUUGGAUGGAUCGGCAUCCCCAUGAUGUAUUUUAAGAAAAUUUUAAUGCAACUUGAAUUA